GAGCGCGCGGGUGUUUUUAAAAGAAAAACAGGAGUAUUCAUAAACAUGGCGGCUGAAAAUAAUAACAGAACCGCUUCAGAUGUAAAUAACUUCGAAGAAGAUGUCAGUUUUUCUCACAUUACCGCCGUAGCUACAGGAUGGAUGUCGGACUUCAUGUUUCUAAGUUUGUGUCGAAGUUUUAAGGAGAGCAAACGUGAUGAAUUCAACGAAACGCUCUCAGCUUUCCAGACCAUUCAGAAAUUAUCUCUUAAGAGAAAUGAGAAAGCAAAGAUCUGUGACUUCCUGGCAAGAGUCAUGCAUGGAAAACUGCUGGAUGUGCAGUUUGAAGAUGAUGCCUCUGUGAUGCCUCUGAUGUCGGCUGCCAGACUCUGGUCAGACCUCAAAAACACUGUGACAGACGAAAGUUUGUUUAAAAACGUUGCCAUCCUUUUGAUUGUACAGUCUGUUGUUGUCUGCUUGGAGAAGGGUGAAAGGUCUUCUGCCUCCUCUGCCCUCAGGUGGUUUGAGAAUAACCGUGAACUUCCACAGGGUUUGAGAGUUAAGCUUUCGAAAAUAGUUGCACAGGAGGAGACUUACCACCCAUUCCUCAUGAGCUUCAGCUUCAGUCGCCUGCUAGAGACAGUCCAGUCCUACUUGGAUGCCUAUUUGGAGAAGAAUCCCUCUGACUACCUUCUCAAGGCAGCUUCAAAGAUGGUGCAGUCCUCACACAAAACUGAAGGUUUGGAGGACGAGGGGCCUCGGGACAACCCUCUUUCAAAGAAGGCCAGUGAUGUCACGGAGGACAGAAAGAAAGGAAACACCACAUGUCACAGACCAAAACGGAAACUACUCUCAACCAUAAAUACAGAUGUGUGGAAGCCUGAUACAUGCAAGAAGCGUCAUUUUUCUCCACGUCGAAUCUCCAGUAAUGCAUCAGAGUUAUCCCAGAUGACAGAAAAUUCACCAGACACAAAAAAGGUACAAAAAACAAGAAAACCCCCUCAAAAAUGGACCUCCCAGCUGGACAAGUACCUCAAGGAUGGUGUUAAACGUCACGGGCAGGGGAAGUGGUCUCGUAUCUUAAUGGAUUAUGACUUUGAAGGGCGCACCGGCACCAUGCUCAAAGACCGCUGGAGAGUUCUAAUGAGGGCACAUAAAGUGGGAUAAAGACACACAGAGCUUCUCUAAUUCGUACAAUGUAGCAUUUGACCUGUAAAUAAAAUCACCUGAUUUUUCUAUUGAUUUUUUUUAAUGAUUUUAGUUGCAUGCUCUGCUAUGUUUGCACUGAAACAAUUUACCACCAGAGGGUGCUCAAGCACAGAACAGUGAUCUGGGUAAGUUGGUCUGCUCUGACUGGGUAAAUUUGACAAUGUGUAACAAUGUGACAAUGUGUCAGUAAAACAUAAUUGUAUAUUUCACUCAGUCUUUUUUAGCUGACCAGCUAAAGCUGAGUUAGUUCCUUAACCGUGUCAGUGUAUGUGCUUUGCUGCUGCUGUGUGCACCAAGUCAUACCACCAGAGAGCAAUCACAGGAAACGAUGUAAAAGUUUUUAGUUUUUUAUAUUUAAGGCCACGUUUUUUUAGAUAAAUAAGGUGUAAGACAAGACAUUUGGAAAAGAGUACAAUAGCAUUGUUUUAUAACCAAAAUAAAAGGAAGUGUGCUUAAUGUGUGUGAGGAAAAGGUGGAAUGCUGUACAAGUGUCUUUCUAUUUUAAUGUGUAUGAAAAUCUGCUUUUUAAAAAUACUUUACACUGAUCUGGACCAUAUUAAAAGACAUAUCUGCAAAA